AUGAGCACCGGGAAGGCCAGCAGCAUGAGCAGGGGGUGCCAGUUGAAGAUGGGACCCGUGUCAUUCGCGCCCUCACCCAGGUCCCGCGGGGUCGUGCCCACACCUCCCAGGGGGCCAAAGACCCACCACACCGCGAGGAUCAAGAUGCCCGCCUGGCAGAGCCGGGUGGUGACUGUGGCGGGGGCCCGGAGCAGGCGCCCCAAACCCCGGCCUGCAUCCGACUGGCUGGACAUGCUCGGACACUGGAGUAUCACAUAUUCCUUGCUUACUGGAGUGUAUGUGUGGGGGUCAUUGGAUGAAGAGUGGGACCGGCGGCUCGCGCUUUGGACUUGGUUCCCAUGA